AUGGCUUCACUUCCACCUGAACGCACAUUCCUUUCCCGACCUUUCACCAACACCGGUCUAGAUUUCGCUGGCCCAUUUAAUAUAAAGUCAUAUGUUGGUCGAGGGUGUAAAAUAACCAAAGGAUAUGUACUAGUAUUUGUUUGCUUUGCUACGAAAGCAAUUCAUUUGGAAGCCACCAGUGAAAUUUCAACCCAAGUCUUUUUGGCGGCAUUUUCCCGUUUUUUCUCACGUAGAGGCACCCCACAAGUUCUAUACUCUGAUAAUGGCACAGCUUUUGUAGGCGCAGCUAACAUAUUUAAUAAAACACAAGAAAAUCUCUUCUCCCAAGUACGAUCUAAUAUCCUGUCUCAAAAUGCCUUUCAAAACAUUGAAUGUCGUUUUAAUCCCCCUGGUUCUCCUCAUAUGGGCGGACUCUGGGAGGCAGGUGUGAAAAGUUUUAAAUCACACCUCAAGAAAAUAACCCAUGCACAAACUUUUACCUUUGAACAAUUCACAACGAUGCUUACAAGAAUCGAAGCUUGUCUCAAUUCAAGGCCAUUAAGUCCAAUGAGUGACAACCCCACUGAGAUAAGUGCUCUGACACCCGGCCAUUUUCUUAUUGGUGCCCCUCUGCUCUCACCCCCGGAACCAGACUUUUCUAUUCGACCACAAUAG